GUGGUGAUCCGGUGCUUCUGCCUGCUCUCUGUUGGAUCCUCCACCGUCACCCUGCUGUGGUCUUCAGCUCCUUAAAGCCUCUGACUUAAACAAACCCCUCAGGGUUUUAUCUUUUCAUUGAUUUUUUAUUUUGAUAAUUGAAACAAUCAUUUAAAAACCCAGCCGAAGCAGAAGCCAACCAGACAGUAUGACAGACAAACCCGGGAUGCCAGCAGGAGGCGGAGAUGAUGCUGGAGGCAUCAUGGCCUUGCUGGAGCGCGUGGCCGGCCUCAUGGACAAUGUCCAAGCCACACAGCAGCGCAUGGAGGAGCGUCAGCUGGAGCUGGAGAACACGGUGAAAACCAUUCAGGCCGACGUCGUCAAGCUCACCAACGAUCAUGCAAACACCAGCUCCACCGUCAGCCGACUGCUGGAGAAAACCCGCAAGGUCAGCUGCCACAUCAAGGAUGUCAGGGUGCGCGUGGAGAACCAGAACCUCAGGGUGAAGAAGGUGGAGGCCACUCAGGGAGACCUGCUCGCAAAGAACAAGUUCAGGGUUGUUAUUUACCAGGGUGACCAGGAAGUCAAAGCUAUCACGCCAGGUAACGAGCCAGCAGAGUCCAGCGGUGCAGCCGCAGCGAGACCUGAGGUGGAACCAGACCAGUUUGAACUCCCCCCAGAAUCAGAUGAAGAGUACAUGGUUGUGGAGGAAGCAGACUCUUCAGCCGCUGGCCGUGUGAAGAAGACAGGGAUGACACGCAUGGAGAGCUUCAAAGCCACCUUCUCCAAGGAGAACAUGAGCAAGACCCGUGAGAACCUGGGCACCAAGGUCAACAAGUUUGGAGAGCGAAUCGUAACGGCCGAAAGGCGUGAGAAAAUCCGCCAGUCUGGAGAAAAGCUGAAGCACUCUGGUGAGAAGCUGAAGGAGACCUUCACCAAGACCGUCCCAGCAAAGCUGAACCUGAAGAAAGAAAGGACUGUGGCGGAGGGCCAGGAAGGAGCUGAGGGGGCUGCAGACACACUCGCUCCUGUUCCUCCUCCUAAAGGCCGUAAGAGCAGCCCAGGUGCAGCCAGGCCGACUGAAGACCAGGCCAAGGCGGCUGAGUCUGAGGUACCGAUGUACGACAUGAAGCAGCUGUCGUAAUCCAGGACAUUUUAAAGGUUUUCUUUGGAAAUGAGAGACAUUCGAAAGAGAAAAGGAAGGUGAUCCUGCUACUGAGCAGAGCUGAAUGGAUAAAGAUUCAUAUUAAAGAACACUGGAAGGAAGUGAGCAACGAGCAGGGUGGUUCCCCAUGACUGAACAUCAACUCAACAGAUCCCUGAAAUCACCAGGAUCUCUGUUGCUUUUCAUAUUCAGAACAUUUAUCACCAAAUCUUGACAAUUUAGUUGUUGUUUUUUUGUUUGUUUAGUCCUUUAUUAAACAAAUGAAGCUGGUUUGACGGAAAUGCUUACAGACUUUAUCAGAAGCUUCUCAUUUCACUCUGCUGCUGCUCACUUGUUUGCAUGUUGAUGAAGCUGAUAUGUUGGAGGACAAAGAAGGGAUGGGCUUAAGGAACAUUUUGCUCUAUUAUAUAUUGAAAAAGGGGCAAAGCCCAUUAAAAUCGGAUGAUUAUUUUACAGGGACAGAAGAGGUAAAACAGGAAGGUUUCCUUUUCCAGAGGCCUUUUUGGAUUGGUGGAACUGAUGGAAAAGCUAAGAAGAAUGAAGACGUUUAGAUCUGGAACAAAGAAAUGGAAAAAGCAGCCUGAAUAUAGUUUAUAUCUUCAGAUUUGGGUCAGGAUUUGGU